AUGAGCGCAUCUGAUUUACCAAUUGCCUAUAAACAACAACAUGCCAAACAACUCGAUCAAAACCAUCAACAGUCGGUAUUGUUGAAUAAACAGGACUCAGACUUGGACUUGACCGAAUUCUUUCUUCCAACGUGCACCUUCCCCAUGGUGCCAUUCACAGACGCAGACAACUCCCCGAUCCAGAUUGAAGACGUGUUGAUCACCGAUAUCGACGACUCACCAAGCUCGGCCCACUCGCCAGCGCCAAUUGAACAAGCUUGCGACUCGUGUCGAAAACGCAAAUUGAAAUGCUCCAAGGAGUACCCACGUUGCUCUAAAUGCAUCCAACACAAUUGGGGCUGUUCUUAUAGCCCACGAACAGUGAGGAGCCCCUUGACGAGAGCCCAUUUGACCGAUGUCGAAAACAAGUUGCAGAGGUUGGAAGAUGUGUUGAGUUAUAUCUUGCCUAGCGACUACAAGAUCGACGAUGUGGUGAGUGGAGACUAUACAAAGGUGUUGAAACCAGCUAGGGAGCAUUUACAGCUGUUGAAGGUAAGUAAGAGGCUGACGAAACUGGCACUGAAACGGGAUUCCACAGUUGACGAGUGUUUACUGCGCCCUCCUCCUCAACCAGUGGGGAACCAACCAGAAGCGCCCAGCUGUGAUUCGUCGAACCGGAAAAACUCAGAUCAAAGCAAUAAUAAAUACGAAUUCCCCGAGGACAGAAAGAAAAUCAAGCAAAAGAUUAUUGAAGAUUUCCAAUUGAACAAUAUCCCUACCCAAUCUCCUUCCAACAAGGAUUUCCUCGAUGCUGCAUUCAAGAGUGACUUGAGUAAUCAUAAUCAUAACCAAGCUGCCGAAGCUACCCGCGCAGGGCUAAAUAAACGCAGCAGUCUGGCACAACUCAAUAACACCAGCAACACCAGCAACUCCAACAACGCAUCAUCUUCAUCUGCGUCUACAUCCGCAUCCACAUCCACAUCGGCCAUGCAACCGUCACUACUAUCAACCACGCAAAACUCCAUGUUGACUUCGCCCUCGUCGAUACUAAGUUUGAGCUCAUGGAACAACGACGACGCGUACUUCAAAGAAGACAUGGAGGAGCCCAAAUCAUUCAAAAAGAUCAAGUUGGAAGAGGAGAAAUCACAGUUUGACGCCUUGGAUGACAACAUGACCGGCGUGGGGAAAGCGGAACAUCAGGAAUCGCCCGGUUUCCCCGACUCAGUCUUUAACUUUUUUUCUUCUUCUUCUUCGCAAAAAGUUGCUCAGCCUUUAGUUGGUGAUAAUUUCGAUUUGAUAUUUGAUAUAUGA